AUGGCUGCGGUUGCUACUGCCACUCUUCCAAAAUUGGAGGUACCUACUCCAACCGAUGGAGUCGUCAUCGUUGACCCAUCCACAGCAAAGCCAGGAGUUGUCCAGUUGAACACUGGUGAAUUCGACAUCCGAGAAGUGUACCUCACCUACUUACGAAAUGACCAUGAUCUCACUAUGCCGGUUGCGGCCAUCAAAUCUCUUGUGGACCUCGUCGAACGUAUAAAUUCACAGACGACAGCUGAGUUCCUCGAUGUUCUCAACCGGGGUAUCGAUGCCCUCAAAGAAUCAAUUCGUAAUCCUAUAUCGCUCUCGGCAGGCUGUGACCUGUUUCUUCGCUUCAUCGUCCGGUUCCUUCGGCAUUCCCAGUCCAUGCCAAAGCUCGUCGCGCAUCUUAAGCAGAGCUACAAGCUUUUUGGCACGAGGGCUAAGGACUCUCGAAAAAAGCUCGCCAAUAUUGGAUCGAAAUUCAUUACUGAUGGGUGCACGAUCAUGACUAUUUCUUAUAGCAGAGUUGUGUUGGGAAUGAUGGAUGUUGCUUUGAAAAAUCACAUUAGAUUCCAGGUUGUUGUCACUGAAGGCUCUGGCGGAAAGAGACUUGCCUCGAUCCUGAGAGAAAGGGGAGUUCCGGUGGCAAUUAUUCCGGAGGGAGCCGUUGGUUACGCCAUGAACAAAGUCGACUUUGUCCUCAUAGGUGCAGAAGGAGUUGUCGAGAACGGGGGCAUUAUUAAUGUCCUUGGAACUUGCCAGAUGGCGACCCUUGCGAAAGCAGCAGGCAAGAGCAUUUACGCUGUUUGCGAAACCCACAAAUUUGUUCGCUUGUAUCCCAUCGACUCAUAUGACCUGCCCAUUACUCAAACCGUGAUCAACUUUUCGCUCGAUGACACAAAAGAGCAACAACCGGCCAAGAAGGAUACAAUUGAGGAAGCCGAGCGAAUUGGCAACGAUAGAUUUGUAGAUUUCACACCGCCAACACUGCUGACUGCCAUCAUUACUGAGGCAGGUGUCCUUACACCUAGUUCUGUAAGCGAAGAGCUCCUUAAAAUCUGGUUUUGA